AUGACCAGCAUUGGAUUGGCGCAGAGGUUCCAGCAGUUUGCCGCUCGAGUUGGCGCCUUGGAGGGUCGGCAAGUUCCCGAGGCUCUUUGGUACGAUAUCCGCAGGGAUCACAUUCGCCUUUGCGAGCUGGCCAGUUUGGUGGAGGAGAGCAUGUCCUGUAUAGUGUUUGUGUCCUGUGCGAAUAACGUGUAUGUGAUCUGCAACCAGGCGUUGGCUAUUUUCACCAAACUGCGCCAUCCCAUAAACUACAUCUACUUCUGGUACUCGCUGCUCUUCCUGCUGGCCAGGACCAGUCUGGUGUUCAUGACGGCCUCCAAGAUCCACGAUGCCUCGCUUCUGCCCCUGCGAUCCUUGUACCUGGUGCCCAGCAAUGGCUGGACUCAGGAGGUGCAGAGAUUCGCCUACCAGCUGACCAGCGAGUUUGUCGGCUUGUCUGGCUAUCGUCUCUUCUGCUUGACCAGAAAGAGUCUUUUCGGAAUGCUAGCCACCCUGGUGACCUACGAACUCAUGCUGCUGCAAAUGGAUGCAAAGAACCCCAAGGGACUACGCUGCGUGUAA